CCCGGGUUUAAGAAUGCGAUUCGCAUUCACUCUGCGAUUCGCAUUUGGAAAUUAUUUCCUGAUUUUAAAAAGUGUUUAUAAGCUAUUGACUCAAGCGGAAAAAGGUUUAGCGAGUUGUUUAAACAUUAAAACUUAUAAAAUUAACUACUUCUACAGUCGCUGCAUUCAAAAAUUGCAAAAAUAAAUAAGUUUCUAUUGAAUUUCUGUUAAAUAAGCAUGAGUUUUAGUUCGGAUGAAGUUAAUUUUCUUGUAUACCGAUAUUUACAAGAAUCUGGAUUCCUUCACUCCGCGUAUAUGUUUGGUAUAGAAUCCCACAUAUCGCAGAGUAAUAUUAAUGGCGCCCUUGUUCCACCAGCCGCACUGCUUUCUAUCAUACAAAAAGGACUACAAUACACUGAAGCUGAAAUAAGUGUUGGUGAGGAUGGAACAGAACAAAAAAUUGUUGAGAAGCUCAGUCUUAUCGACGCUGUUAUGCCGGAAGUUGUUGCUAAUCGACAAAAUCAAAUCAGCAAACCUAAAUCUAAUUUGUCCGAAAUUGCUGACACAAAUGGAGAUCAAAUAUCAGACACAACAAAUACAGGAGGAGCAGAAAAGAAUGAAGGUGCUGUAAAAGAUGAGAUGGAUGCUGAUAAUUUCGUAGAGAUACAGCAAAAUAAAGCAACAAUCUUACGAGGACACGAGAGUGAAGUUUUCAUAUGUGCAUGGAAUCCAAUGCGAGAUUUACUCGCAAGUGGUUCUGGUGAUAGCACAGCACGAAUAUGGGACAUGUCAGACAAUGCUCCAAGCAGCCAGCAACUUGUCCUCCGUCAUUGUAUAAACAAAGGAGGUGCAGAGGUUCCUUCUAACAAAGAUGUGACGUCGCUUGAUUGGAACUGUGAUGGAACUUACUUGGCGACAGGAUCAUACGAUGGUUACGCUCGCAUUUGGACGACUGAAGGUCGUUUAGCAAAUACACUCGGGCAACACAAAGGCCCAAUAUUUGCUCUAAAAUGGAACAAAAGAGGAAAUUAUAUUUUGUCAGCUGGUGUUGAUAAAACUACAAUCAUCUGGAAUGCUGUCACAGGAGAAUCAACUCAACAAUUCUCAUUUCAUAAUGCUCCUGCUUUGGAUGUUGAUUGGCAGACUAAUAAUUCAUUUGCUAGUUGCAGUACCGAUCAACAAAUCCAUGUUUGUAAAUUGGGAUAUGACAAGCCAGUAAAGACUUUCAUUGGACAUUUGAAUGAAGUGAAUGCAAUUAAAUGGGAUCCUCAAGGACAACUUCUUGCUUCCUGUUCUGAUGAUAUGACACUGAAAAUUUGGUCAAUGACUUACGACUCGUUCGUUCAUGAUCUUCAAGCACAUUCUAAAGAAAUCUACACAAUCAAAUGGUCACCGACUGGUCCCGGAACAUCAAAUCCCAACAUGAAUCUGAUUCUAGCUAGUGCUAGUUUCGAUUCUACAGUUCGGUUGUGGGAUGUUGAAAGAGGAACUUCAAUUCAUACAUUGACGAAACAUACAGAGCCAGUCUAUUCUGUCGCUUUCAGCCCUGAUGGUAAAUUCCUUGCUUCCGGAAGCUUUGACAAAUGUGUGCACAUUUGGAGUACUCAAAGCGGUCAAUUAGUUCAUAGUUAUCGUGGAACUGGAGGAAUAUUCGAACAAGAAAGAAUUAGUACAAAAUUUAAAAUGGGUGUAAAUAAUCAGCUACGUCUUCUUCUCAUAAUUUUAAUCAGUAAAAUUAAAAUAGGAAUGGCAACAGACGAAGGCAAAAGAGAAUGCGUUCUCCCACUUAAGCCCGAUUGGUCAUUUUUUUCACCAUUGAUAUUUUCAACCAAUGGAACACUCAUAUCAACUGGAAACUAUGACAAUAAUAUCGAAGAUAUCGCACUUGCAGAAGGAGCUGAAGUUUUAUUAUCAUGCACACCCAAUUAUUUCCGCGAUAAUUCGGCUGAAAAAGUUAUGAGAGCAUUAUGUAAGGAAGAACAUCUUUUAGUGGUGAAUGGUGAAGAGAAAGAUUUUGUUUCAGAGCUUUCAUGUGAGGCACGUGUUAUUGAAGAGAUCGUAAUACCAAUUAAUGGAUGUCCAAAAAAUCUGAAAUCUAUAGAGUUUGGUUAUACCAAUCCCAUUAAACAGAAAUCUUAUGUUUUGGGUGAAGCAUGCUACAAUACUAAAGGAGGUCGAACAGUUUUCGCUCACAUGCGCCUACGAUCACAAAAUAUGGAUGUUCAAGAGUUAGCAUUGAAGGUCAAAAACGGAGCUUACUUUCGUCAAGAACAUCCAACAGCUUUCUACAGAAAUGAAUUAAUAAAAGCUCUAAGAAGAGACGAACAUGAAGAGUUUUUAAUUCAAAUAUUAGGAACGAAAGAUAUUCCUAAAAUUGGAUUUCAAAAAUUUAUCAGCUCAAAUUUUCUGACUCACAGACAAUAUCAAUCAACAUUAAAGCUUACAUGGAAUUAUGCCAUUGUAAGCGAUCCAGAUGAAUUAGAGAAUCUAGAAAGACUACAAGAAGAUAUUUCAUCUUUAAACUUGAAACAUGUUGACUUAUAUACCGGAACUCAUGGAACUCUCUCUAAAACGAAUAAUGAAGGAGAAAAUCGUUCAUUUGAAAAUUUGUUUAAUAAAAUCUGGUUUAGAGUUUAUGCAGAAAACCAACAAGAGAAAAGUGAUAGUAGUUUCUUCCGAUCUGAGUACACGAAUGAUUGGCUACCAGUUGGUCGGGGUGAUCCUUUAAAAGAUCCAACCUAUGAUUAUGUUCCACCUCUUCUUGAUAAAGUGAAAUAUUGGGGGGCAGGUUUGUCAGAUAAAAGCGAUGUUUUACUACUCGGUGUGCCAUCGAAGAAAAAGUCAUCAUUUAGACAACCUGAUAAAUAUACAAACGCCCCAAUUAGACGUGGUUUUUAUCCAGAACCAUAUCAACAUAAUAACUUUUCAUCGCCAUACCAUCAACACUCAGUAAGUCUAGAAAUAAUUUUCAUCCCUCAAUGGAUGAAAUUUCCACCAACAAAAUUCCCUUCACGAUUAACAGGAAGUUAUCAAUUUCAUCAACCACUUUAUCAUGAGUGGAAAUAUCAAAAUAGUCACGUAAGAUUAUCAAAACCUAAUCCGAGCAUAACACGCACUAUGUAUCCAAUGAAACCAUUUUCAUUAACAACUCCCUCGAAUAUGAAGUUACAAGAAACGACAUUAAGAACUACUCUGUCAUCAACAUCAUUAUCAAUGCAACCACCACAAUAUUAUAAUGAUCCCAACAAAUAUCCAACAGUUGAUAUUAAUGAAUUAGCAGAUAGAUUGGAGAACAAAUCGAAAGAUAAAGUUAAGCAUUUGUUGAAAUCAAUGUUACAAGCGGAAGCUGUGACGCCAUUUACAAAGAAGCCAUCAUCUAAAUACCAAAUUCCUGAAAAUGCUGAGUACAAUUCGAGUAAGGAACCACUUAUAUACGCUCCCCAAGAUAUCAACUCAUUGGCAACAACUCCCAAAUUUUCAUCAACUUUCCUUCCGACAAUACCACCAAUCCAAACACCAAAACAUCAACCAAUUGUUAAGAACAAACCUCCGACAUCAUUCUUCAUGAAAUCAACUUCACCACCCACUUUAACUACAGCACAAAUAAAGAAAUAUGCUCCGCCAAAUAUGAACAUGCCUUGGAUUGGACCUAAUUUAAUUAUUGAAGGCCAUUCUAAAGUUAAAACUUACAGCGUAAAGAAUGAAGAUGGGAUGAUUAAUAAUUUAGCCAUGAUAAGACCGGUACAAGUCAAUGAAAAUGCUGUCGUUGAACGUGAAAAACGUGAUACCAGAAGUGCCAUUAACAUCUUAUGA